AUGAAAUGGUGUAAUGAUUCCAACGACGAAAGAGCCGUCCAAGUAAUCCCAUCUUCUACAGAAAACAGUGGUGUUUUCCCAGACGGGGUUGAAGGUAGGACCACUGUAACAUGCCCCUCAUGUGGCAAUAGCUUGGAACUCCAAGAUCAGACUGGAAUUCAUGAUUUGCCGGGACUGCCUGCUGGAGUGAAGUUUGAUCCAUCUGACCAAGAAAUUCUUCAACAUUUAAAUGCAAAGGUGUUGUCUGAAACCCAUAGGCUUCAUCCACUAAUUGAUGAAUUCAUUCCCACUCUUGAGGGAGAGAAUGGAAUUUGCUACACUCAUCCAGAGAAGCUACCAGGAGUGAGGAAGGAUGGCCAAAUCAGCCACUUCUUUCAUCGACCUUCAAAGGCGUAUACAACGGGGACUCGAAAACGAAGAAAGGUGCAUGCAGGUGCCGAUGGUGGUGAGACAAGAUGGCACAAAACAGGCAAGACUAGGCCAGUUAUAAUAGGUGGGGUUGUGAAAGGGUAUAAAAAGAUACUAGUGCUCUACACAAACUAUGGUAGGCAAAAGAAGCCAGAAAAGACUAGUUGGGUCAUGCACCAGUAUCAUCUUGGAGAUAAUGAGGAUGAAAAAGAUGGAGAAUUAGUGCUUUCAAAAGUGUUUUUUCAAACACAGCCUAGACAAUGUGGUUCAAAUGUUAAAGAUUCAGCUGACAAAAAAUCAAAAACAAUAACCAGGGAUGCUAGUCAUAUGAUCAAGAACACUAACUUUGUUGAGUUCUAUAAUCCUCCGUUUCUCGGGUUUUCAGAUUCCACCAAUUUGGUUGUCCAUGGUGAUGGGUCCUCCUUUAUUCAUCUACCUACAAGUGCAAGCAAAGGAAAUUGA